AUGUCAUUUGAUAAUAUUGUUGCUGCUGUUCAAAGGCUUUAUAAAUUAAGUGUUGAUGAAAAGGACAAUUUAUACCAACAAGCAAUCUUGUCUCCAUUUUUAUUGACAAGUCUAACCUCAUCAUUGAAGGUUCGAAUUCCUAGACGAAAAUUGAGCGGUAUUUUAAUUGUCGACUCUAUUCCGCCAAAUGAUAAAUUAUGGGACCGAGCAAGAGAUCAUGGGUGGGAAGUAGAGACUUACGCUUCAAACAAAGAGAAGAGAUUUGCCUUAAAACUCGUUUACGGAAAAUUGGAAAAUCGAAACAUUGGAUCAGGUGAGAAAGGACCUGAUUUCACGAAUAAUAAGCAUAAUCUUGAGACCCAUGGUAAUAUUAUUAAGAGUUAG